UUUUCAUCAUCAAAACAAAAGUUGUUUAUGUUCAGGUAUUCAGGUGCACUGCAAAGCGGUGAGUUAAAAAAAAAGAAAUCAAGAAAAAAAAUGACCGUUUUCAAGCUGGAAAAGUUCCCCCACGUUUGUCGGCUCUGUCUGGAACCGGACACGGGCGGCCUGAUGUUCUCGCUGGACUCGGCGGAUCCCGCGCUGGACUGGGCAACGAUCCGCGACUUUCUGGCCUCGUUCACGGUCCCGAUUGCGGAGGACAGAGCACCGUUCUUUCCCCAACAAGUGUGCUUAACUUGUAUGGAAUUGCUCCGGUUCUUUGCCAAAUACCGGUCAAAAAUAGUAACCGUUCAUCUACUGAUGAACGCCUUGGUGGAGCUGAGACACAUCAACUCGAGACCACUGGUUGACCUGUUCGAUACCAAGCGAGAGUCCGUCAGAGCAGUGUUGAAGGAUCUGAGUAUUUGCGAUAAACCCGAUCCAACGGCGACCGAUCUAAUCUACGAGUUUAAGCAGUAUGACAUUGCCACAUUCAGUAUCGAUGUCAACCCGGAACUACCAGCGUCGGAAGUGGGAACAGAGCCAGCAAACGAACCGUCCGUACCUGAACCUCCUCGAAAGCGACCAUACAUCAAAAGAGCCAAACCCAAAGCGGAGGUUGAAAAGCCAGAAGAACCGAAAAAGUUUCACUGCAAGACAGAAGGUUGCAUCGAAGAAUUCGACAAUCUGUACGCGCUACGAAUCCAUCGGAACAAUACGCACAAACCGUUCGUCUGCGACACCUGUGGCUACCGGCACCAUAGCAAGAGACAUCUUCAGAUUCACAUGGAACGCCACCUCCAACAACGUGACUACAAUUGCAAGUACUGUCAGAAAAAAUUCAAAACGCACCAUGACCUUAGCGUGCACGUCCGUGAGGUUCACAUUGCCAGCAGAAAGUUCAUUUGCGGUACGUGCGGCCUGGAGUUUAGGCGGAAAGCAAUUCUGCAGGAUCACGAGCUAGCUCACGGCGAAGCCUACAAUUUUACGUGUGAAAUAUGUGGCAAAAAGUUCAAAAGACCCUCUGCAUUAAAAAAUCACGUCAUAAAGGUACACGAAACCCCGAGACACGCAUGCACAAGGUGCGACAAAAAGUUCCACGUCAACUAUUUGUACCUGGAUCAUGUUGAAAACAUCCACGGGAUAAAAAUGCGCUUCUACUGCGACAUCUGCGUCCAGCUGUUCUUCAGCCAGGAAACGCUGGACGCCCACAGAGUGUGCCACAGCGCACCAAAGGAACUGCAGUGCGGCACGUGUCUGUCGGUGUUUGGCUCCACGGACGAAAUGAGCGACCAUCUGUGCAUCACCUUCCGGGACGAUUACGUUUGCUGCGGUAAAGAUCUGCGCUACUACAAGAUGUACAACAAGCACAUGUUCAUCGUGCACGGCCAGAAAACGAACGUUCGCGUUAAAGCGGACCAGAGCCAGCUAUUUGGCCGGAUUCGUUGCUCGAGGAAACGAAUUGAGGUAUGUGCCCGUUGCGAGCAAACAUUUCCCACGAGGACGCUCAAGAAGCAGCACAUGGAAAUUUGCGGAAAGGAUCAGGCAGAAAGUAGCUUUGCUACUUCACUGUUAGAUCAGAUCUAACAGAUUGGCCCAAAAGUGCAUUUAAUCAUAUUGUCCGGAUAUAUGAAAAUAAAGAAUUUUAAUAAAAUUUAAUA